AAUAAUAACAAUAAAUAUUAGAGGAUUUCGAAAUAAAAGAAAAUACGAUCAAUACGCACUAAAUAUAAGAAAACGGAUACUCACCUAGUAGAGACAUACUCUCACAAUACCUAAGACACCCACCACACCCAAACUCUCUUAAUCCCUAGCCACAACCCACACUAGCCUUCUACCUUAAUCCAAGACCUCCACACCUUUCUAUUUAAGGUAUAAAAUUAUAUAAAAAGUGUAUAAAAUGUAAAAAAAAAGUACAAUUAUUGUAUAAGUGUAUCAAAACUGUAUAAUUUUCGUAUGAAAUAUUUAUAUGUAUAAGAUAUAUAUAGAAACUAUAUAAAAGGUGUGUAGAAAUGAUAUACAACAGACCAACAAAUUGAAAUGGCUAGAAAGUAAAAUUUAAAUUUCAUGAAAAUAGUUUAAUUUGAAUUACCUUUUCUGUCAUUUUUCCAAAAUAAAAAAUAUGACAUGAAGAUAUUGUAUUGGGCCCAAAAAUUGCCAUCCAGCCUAACAAGUUGGGUUUCAAGAGCCACAUAACCAAUUCAUCCUCAUUCCAUUUUGACCAAUUCUCCAUCUCUCCAAUCAAAUACAAAAAUCGCUAGAGAGAUGAAUAAUGGAGAUGAAGAAAAGGGUUUCCUAUGGAAGUUACCAGUAAUUAAGUCAAAGCAAUUAGGGAAAAUCGGACCUGGUUUUGGACUUGGGGUUGGUUGUGGUUUCGGUGUUGGAAUUGGGCUCAUUGGAGGCACUGGUUUUGGUGUAGGGUUUCCUGGUUUGCAACUAGGUAUUGGUUUAGGUGCUGGCUGUGGAAUUGGUGUUGGUUUUGGUUAUGCUAUUGGAAGAGGUUUUGCUUAUGAUGACAAACGUAGGUACUCUAAUGUUGGCAACAAGAUUUUCCAAUAUGGUCCUCAUGAUCAUAAAGAUGAGAUAGGGGAAAUCAUUGAUGAGUUUGUUGUCAACACUAAAAAGCUCAUCAAAGCAACUACACAAGAGUUAGACAAGUGGAGAAGGUCCUGAUUAUUUCCUAAACUGGUUUGGAUGGUUGUUCAUAUGAUAUAUGAUAAGGUUUGAUUAAGUUCAUGUUAGCUAAUAAUGGAAAGCUUCAUUUUGUGUAAUCAUGAAUUUGGUGGUAUACUAUGUUUUUAUUCUCA